CCGCAGGACACCCCCCGGACACCCGGCUUCCGCUCGCAGUCGCCGAUGAUGCGCGACCCGGGCCUUGGCCUCAGCCCCUGGCUGCUCGGCGUCCUCUGGCUCCCGGUGAUGGUCUCGGGUCCCUCCCUGCCUCAUGUGGAGCAGUUUCAGGUAGUGUGGUCCCAGCGCCUGGCAACCCCCCGAGCCCGCCGGGCCCUGCCCUCCCACUGGAGUCCCUACCCUGAGAGCGUGAGCUACCUCCUUGGAGGUGGAGGACACAACUUCACCCUGCACCUACGGAAAAACAGAGAACUGCUGAGUGCCAGGUACACAGAGACAUACACCGCUGCCAAUGGUUCCGAGGUGGUGGAACACCUAGGAAGGCAGGACCAUUGCCUCUACCAGGGACAUGUGGAAGGCCACCAGAGCUCUGUCGCCAGCAUCAGCACCUGUGAGGGCCUCAGGGGCUUUUUCCGAGCCAGCAGGGCAGUGCACCUGAUUGAGCCCCUGGACGGGGUAGAGGAGGGCCAGCACGCUCUCUACCAGUGGCAGCACCUGAAGGAUAAGCUGGGCACCUGCGGUGUCAGCAACGCCAAGCUGGAGCGCAUCCUGGGCCCGAGGAUCGCCGCAGCCUACCGACCCCGGAAUCGGCCACCGUCCUCAAAGCCCCGCCAUGUGGAGAUGUACGUGGUCACCGACAGCCUGGAGUCCCAGCUGUACCCGGACCAGCAGGUCCUGCGUCGGCGGGUGAUGGAGGUGGUGAACCACGUGGACAAGCUGUACCAGCCACUCAACUUCCGUGUGGGCCUGGUGGGCCUGCAGAUGUGGAGCAGUGACAAGAUCUUGGUCAGCUCCAAUCCCCAGGUCACGCUCGAUAACUUCCAGGCGUGGCGGACCAAUCACCUGGUGUCACUGCACACCCACGACAAUGCACAGCUCAUCACGGGAAUCGACUUCGAUGGCAUCACACUGGGCCUGGCCAAUGUAGCUUCCAUGUGUACCCGGACGCUGUCAGCCGGCGUGAACCAAGACCAUAACAAAAGCCCCCUUGGGGUGGCGUCCACCAUCGCCCACGAGAUGGGACACAACCUGGCCAUGGACCAUGAUGACAACGUCGAUAACUGCUACUGCCCAGUGCCGCGGGUGGACGGCGGCUGUGUGAUGGCAGCCAGCCUCGGCCAGAAGUUCCCCACACUGUUCAGCGAGUGCAGCCGCAUGGCCCUGCAGUCCUUUGUGGAGACGCCCCAAACGGCCUGUGUGCUAGGCGAACUGGACACCAGCCGUCUGGUCAGCGACCCUGUUUGCGGAAACAAGCUUCUGGAGCGUGGGGAGCAGUGUGACUGCGGCUCGCCCCAGGAGUGCCAGAACCGCUGUUGUAACGCCACAACCUGCCUGAUCGCUAAGGGGGCCAAGUGUGCCCGCGGCGCCUGCUGUGACCAGUGCAAGGUGAAACCAGCCGGGGUGUUGUGCCGCUCUGCCAAGGACACCUGUGACCUGGCAGAGCACUGUGACGGGCAGCGACCCGAGUGCCCUGAGGACGACUUCCAGGAGAACGGCAGCCCCUGCCCCGGAGGCUACUGCUACAAUGGGCUCUGCCCGACGCUCCGCUCGGCUUGCAGCCAACUGUGGGGAACAGGUGCCCAGGAAGCUGCGGAUGUCUGCUUCACCUUCGAAGUCUCAAUCAACUGCCAGGCCCUUCCCGGCCAGGCCAAACGCUGUGGAGUCCUGUUCUGUAGAGGUGGCCAGAAGCCCACGGUGCGGACCUCCUGCAUCCUGAGUCCCUCUUCUGGCCCCUGCCAGGCACUCCUCAUGGAGGACCACAAGGCCUACGAGACGGUGCCUGUGGGCACCAAGUGUGGUCAGGGCAAGGUCUGCUGGAAAGGAAGCUGCCAGGACCUCCAGGUGUACAGGGCGGAAAACUGCUCUGCCAAGUGCAAUGGCCACGGGGUAUGCAACCACAAGAACAAGUGUCAUUGCCAACCAGGCUGGGUGCCCCCCAAAUGCAUGAAGCCCAAGUCUGGCGUGCACACAGCAGUGUCUGCAUCUGGGGGCCUGUCCUCGGGGGCCGUGGUGGGCAUGGUGAUACUGUUGCUGGCCUUGCUCCUGCUGGGAGCAGCCUUUGUCUACUACCUCAUGCACAAGAACGCAGCCCCCAAGGCCCCCCUGGCACACUCGAAUCCUGGCUUCCACCAGGGUGGCAGGAUCGCAGCCUCCAAGGCCCCCGUGGGGCACGUCAACACCAACUUACACCAGGGCAGUGGCGGGACUGCAGCCCCCAAGGCCCCGGUGGGGCACGUGAACACCGGCUUCCACCAGGGCAGUGGCGGGACUGCAGCCCCCAAGGCCCCCACGGGGCACGUCAACACCAGUUUACACCAGGGCAGUGGCGGCGGCGGCGGCAGCGGCAGCAGGAGCGCGGCCCCCAAGGUCCCCAUGGGGUACCUGAAUACCAGCUUACACCAGGGCGGUGGCAGCGGCGGCGGCAGCGGCAGCAGGAGCGCGGCCCCCAAGGUCCCCAUGGGGUACCUGAAUACCAGCUUACACCAGGGCGGUGGCAGCGGCGGCGGCAGCGGCAGCAGGAGCGCGGCCCCCAAGGUCCCCAUGGGGUACCUGAAUACCAGCUUACACCAGGGCGGUGGCGGCGGCAACAGCGAUGGGGCUGUGCUAGGGAAGAAGCAGGGGGCUGAGGGCCCCGCAAAGGGGGCCUCCACCCCCCAGGCCUCCAGAGCCUCAGCUCCCACGGGAACCCCUAAGCAGCCACCCCCACUUCCCUCUGCUGCUGCAUCUAGCCAGCCCUUCCCGGUCCCCGUGUGCUCCGGGUCAGAACCAGAGCAGCAGCUCAGGCCCGACCCUCCUGUCAAGCCCCUUGCAAAGCAGAAGCCCAGGCAGGUCAGCAGACCACCUGUUGCACCACCCACACCACCUGCCAAGCCUGGUGCUGGAGGCUCUGCUCCCUCCCGGCCUGACAGGCCUGCUGCUGUGCCUGCUGCUCCACCCACCAAGCCUGGUCCUGGAAAGCCCCAGCCCCCAGCCAGGAGGCUGGCAUAAAAUUUGCCCUCCAGCCCCUUGUCCAGAGGAGGUGAGCAGGGCCAGGAGCCUCUGAAGUGCUGUGCAGUGGGGGCCCUGCAAACCUGCCUGGAAGCUGCCUGCCAUCCCCAUGGAAAGACUGUGGGCCGUGUCUCUGGCAGGCCCCAGCCCCAGCCCCAGCCCUGGCCAGGCUGCAGCUCUGCGCGGGUGGGCACCUGGCUGGAGGCUAUGGCUCGUGGCUAGGGACACUAGUAGCAUGGCCACACCGAGAGAGGCUCUCAGCUGGGACUUGGUUGGGCCUUAAGAUCUUGUCCUUGAACUCAGAACACAUUCACCCAAGAGGCCAGGCCAGCCCCUCCUGGCCAGUCCCUCUUCCCCAGAGCCAAGCAUGUCUAGGUGGGAAUGAGCCAUCUUCUGUGGUUUGCGGUGGUGGGAUGUUAGGACAGCCUUCCUCAGAGACUUGGGAUCUGGUCCCCUCCAGCCCUCUCCACACCUGCCCUCAGGCUUCUUACCCUCCUGGCAGCUCAGACACCCUCUUCUUUAAGCUGGAAAGCCCCUGAGGCCCCCACCCAUGCCCCCAGCUGUUCACACUGUACCCCAUCAGCAGUGGUCUCCUAGUUAGGAUGCUGCUCCAGCGCCUGCCCUGAGGGUCUUCCUUCUUAAGAGCUGGGUCAUGAGCUCUGCAUCUCCACGUACCUGAGCCCCUUCUCCCUGAUUGGGGCAGGAAAGCACCAGGGCCUCUGCUUUCUCUCUCGCUCUCUCUCUUUCAGCCUAGGAGUCUCCACUUUUAUCCAAAGGGCCAUGUUGGGAAGCAACUGUCUCUGCAGGUUCUUCUCAGGUGCAUGAUGGUCAGCAGGACUGAGACCUUAUUUUAUACUUUCAUAAUGACAAAGCUGUAUAUUUAUGAUUAAAUUAUCGACCAUAUUCUAAAUGUUGGGAGAUUGUGAUUGGAGCAUUGGGGAAGGGUGCAUGGCACACAUUAUAGAGUUCCCAGGCUUUUAUACUAUUUAAGGAUCCAAUGCUUCUUAAAAUAAAAUGUAUGCUUUAACUAGA